AACGGAACGUAACGUUUGUAACGAAUUUACGGAUGGCGGAUUUGAAAACUUGCUCAAGUUUUGACUUGUAUUUGUAAUUUCACAAGUAAACAAAAUGUUAAUAUCAGAUGGAAUAAACCACGGGAAAUUACAGUCAAUAAUUGUAGGGGAAUUAAAAAAGGCUGGUCUAAAGCAUCGGCUAAAGAAGAUUAUCCUGAAAAGUGUCAAAGAUCACAAGACAGUAUUUGGAGCGCCCUUGCUGAAGGUACCAUCAUGCAGUGUUAUUUGUUGUGGCAGUACAUUGAGUGUUCCCGUUGUUGUCACUGAGAUGUCUUCGGUGCUUCGGUCCAACGCCCAUAUUGAAGGUUUAUUUCGCAAAGCGGGCUCACAGAACCGCCAAAAGGACAUCAAGAGAUUACUAGAUGCAGGGGGCUGUGUAUCAGAAGGGCACCACCCUAUAGAUGUAGCCAGUGUGCUCAAGCUCUACUUACGAUGCUUGCCAGAGCCUCUGAUCAGUGCUGAAGUACAAGACUUGUUGCUGCGAUGUAGACUGACUGCCGGAGAGGAUGCACUGAAGCCCAUCCUCCACACUUUGUUGUUACUACCAGUAUUACAUGUUCAUCUGUUGCAUUAUGUUAUGGAGCUACUAAACUUCCUAGCAUCCAAACACAAGGACAACCUGAUGGACUCGUCCAACCUGGCCAUAGUGAUGGCUCCCAGUAUUAUGCCCCUGCCCGCCGCUGCCUCUGCACAGAGACUGGAACACCAUGUUGCACUUGUUAAGAUGUUCAUCGAAAACUCACAACACAUAGGAAAAUUAACAGAAGAGCUAAUGAUGCAGCUAGAUGACGAUUCCGAUGGCUAUCUUGCAAGGAGGAAAAAGAAAAGACGAAGUGGUUCUCUAAAUAGAGUUCUAAGUGGUCUUCGCAAAAUGGUGUCAGGCAGUGUGAACACGCCAGCUACAGUGAACGAGAAUGGCAAGACUCCAGUCCUGAGCAAAUCAGCAGCAAAACGGAAGUUUGACACAUAUGAGGGUCUUUCUGCAAAAACUAAGAAAGAAAUAACAAAAGGACUUCCACAAAAAGAACUGUCUUUUACACCAAUGAAAAUGGGUCUCGAACGAAAACGACUACGGCUUAGCCUCAUGGACGCACGAAGUACUCCAGUCAUCAACAGAGACUUCAGUUCCCACAAGAACUCUGAAACGAGCGUCAGCAGUGAAGAUUUACUAACUUCCUCUGAGCAUUUGUUCAGUGCCCACGACACAAUAGACUUGUCUCCCGAUAUGAAGCAAUCUGACAAAGAUUAUGUUAGGAUCUCCAAGCAAGAAUAUGAAGAGAUCAAAAGCAGAGUAUCAGCCAUUGAAAAUAGAUUAUCCAGAGAAUUCACAGAUGUCAUACCGAGAGUACAACCUCUACAGCAAGUACAAAAUGUCUAUGAACAAACUCUAGAGGAAGUUGCUAUGUUACACUGCCCCACUUCCGACCACUUGGCGCGAAGGUUAAGCAAAGAAUUAAAGAUACGACCGAACGAGGAAGCCAAAAUUAUUCGAUCACCAAGUGCACGUAAAAUUGGCUCAAUCCGACGACGGUCCAAAGAGAACAUCACGAAAAUUGUAAGACACAAGUCCUGGAACGUGUCAUCUCAAUCGCAAUCUAGUCAUAACACCGACAGGUUUUACCCGUACGUAGGACUGAAUCGUAGAGAACGAACUAGCACUGCCAAACCUGACUUACAACCACAGAAGUCAACACCAAACGAAUGGGAGGCUUCCCCUUCAGAAACCUCCAUCAACAAUGUGUCAGACUCGAGCCAAAAAUACCGUUUACGGAAACGAGCAAGCCUCAUACCCGACUACAGCAGUGAAAAACCUAUUAGUAGAAUACCGGCGCGCAGGUCACUCAAUUUAACCGUCAACAACAGCUGGGAUAAUACUGCUUCGGAAAAUUCAAUGAACAACACGUUAAACUCUACUGGAAAAUCAAAUAACAGCGUUUUAGCGAGAUGCUACCAAAACAUCACAUGCCGGAAUAGAAAGCCAAGUCCUCCGCAGUCACAACAAAAAUGGCGCAGUGCUGCGGCAUUCUUCAUGGAUAAAACUGGGGAGUUAGAGAAAACUAGUCAGACUGGGAGACCAUCGGUAAAUAAACUGCGACGGCAGAACGCUGGGGCCGUUCUCGCUAAAGCGAAACUCUUCGAAUCAAGCUCAGAUAAAUCCUCAGAAAGAAACGAAAAAGCAGCUCAUACUGGAUUCGCAAGAAAGCCUCGAGUAAGUGGUCAGCAAAAUAAACCACAAAGGAGUGUAGCUCACGUAAAACCUAAAGUACAAUCUCCAGUGGUUUCACCAAACAUUCCUGUGAGAGUUUCGAGGAAUGUGGAAGCGUCUAACAUGCCUUCAAAAUCGUAUCGAUUGAACGUUCCCAGUAACGAUGAACUCGAUAAUUGGAGAAAUGCUAGAAAGACAACACCACCAGUUAAACAGAUUGUAUCUCCGCGAAGUAUUCCUAUGAAAACCCCUCAAAUACCAGUAUUGAAAAAGCCUCUUUGUACUCCAAAGAGCUCUCGACUGCCGGCUCUCAGCAAUGAUCUCAGAAAGACUAACACGCCGCUUAAAGCCGUUCAUAUAUCUCCGAGAAGACGAUCUCCACGACAAAAGCAACGCGUGUAAGAAGGAAUUAAAUCAAAUAAUACUGAUAAUUUUAAUGAAGUACCUAUGAGUGACUUGAUAUUUUAAUGUUAGUAGAAUACUCAAUUAGGUAACAUAUUGAAACCAGUGGCCAUCUGUAAAUACCAUUACUAUUUUAUUAGCUAUGAUUAUUAUAUUAAUAAAAGCGAUCA